AUGUACAUUAAUGAAUGUUGGUGGAUAUGUGCAUUUUCACCUACCAUUAAUGGUGCAUUUUGCAAGAAUUGUGUUUUAUUUGGUCCCAAAUUUGCUGGAAGGGCUCAGCAAAAAUUACAGAGCUUAGUAUUAACAUCAUUUACUAAAUGGAAAGAUGCUACUGAAACUUUUAACAACCAUCAAAAUAAUAAGUAUCAUAUUAAUGCAGAACAAACAAUAUAUUCCUUGCGAUCUAUCAAAAAUGGAGAAUCUAUGGAUAUUAUUAGAAUAAUAGAUACUGGAAAGCAAGAACUAGCUUUGCAAAAUAGAUCAAGACUAACGCCAAUAAUUGACGCUAUCCUGGUAUGUGGCAUCCAAGGUAUCGCUCUUAGAGGUCAUAGAGAUAGCGGUGCGAUAUUUGAUAAUGAUAAUAACAAUAAUGAUGGUAACCUAAGAGCUAUUCUUCGAAAUAGAUCUCUUGGAGAUCCCAUACUUAGAGACAAUUUGUUAAAUUGUGAUAUACAAAUAUUAGAAGAAUUUUUACAAUUUAUACCAGUUGUGGAUAUGAGAGGGGAGGCCCUCGCCAAAACUAUUUUGUUAAAUUUAGAGAAAUAUAAGUUAAAUUUAAAUUUGAUACGAGGACAAGGUUAUGAUGGUGCUCCGGCUAUGAGUGCCCAUUUAAAUGGUGUCAAAGCACAUAUUUUAAAAAAAUAUUCCUCCGCUAUAUAUGUUUAUUGUGCAUCUCAUUCGUUGAAUUUGGCAAUAUCCGAUUCAUGUGCUCUACCUUCUAUACCCAUUAUAUCCAAAAUUUAUGAUUUUUUUAAAUAUCCCAAACGGUCAGAUGUUUUGAAUCGAACUAUAUCAAAGAAUGCACCAGAAACACAUCAUCAAAAAUUAAAAAAAAUGUGCCCUACACGAUGGGUUUUACGUGAUUCAGUUUCGGCAUUUAUAGAACUCGAAGAGAUGAUAAGAAUAUCUUUACAUGAAAUUACCAAAUGGCAAGAUAGUAAUGUGUCGUCAGAAGCGAUAUCAUUAUUGAAUUCAAUUGAUCAAUCAGAGUUUAUCAUUGCUGCUAGUUGCAUCAAUAAAUUAUUUUCUUAUAGUUCAAUACUUUGUAGAAAUCUACAAAAACCAAAUUUAGAUUUGGUUCAGGUAAUUGAUUUGGCAGAAAAUAUAUAUGAACAGGUGGAUGAAAUAAGAACGAAUGUCGAUGAAUAUUUUCAUAAUAUUUAUGUAGAUAUUGAAUCGAAGGCUCAAAUUUAUGAUAUAUCAAUAAUUAAACCUCGUCUAGCACCAAGGCAAUUAAUGAGAUGCAAUGUAAAUAUUGGAUCAACUGAAGAUUAUUAUAAAAUAUCUAUUUUUAUCCCAUUCUUGGACACUUUUUUAUCACAAAUAAAAGUACGAUUUUUAGAUAAAAAAGAAGUCUUUGCAAAUCUUCAAGUUUUAUUGCCCAAAGAUCCCUCCUCGUUUUCUCAUGGCACGAUUAAUAAAAUAAAAUAUUUAGCCAAAUUUUAUUCGUACGAUAUUGAUUCGGAGAUAAAUUUAAUCAGCGAAUUUGAAUUAUGGUAUAGAUAUUUAUUACGUUUACCUAUUUUACCUGAGCAUGCCAAUGAUGCGCUAAAUCGUUGUAAAGAUAUCUUGGCUCAAUUUCCCAAUAUUUUGAAGUUAUUUUAUAUUCUUGCAUGUUUGCCUAUUACAACAUGCACGAAUGAAAGGACAUUUUCAAACUUGAGAAGGUUGAAAACAUAUUUACGAAGUAAUACUUCCGAAUCUCGGCUAAAUGGGUUAGCUCUGUUAAAUAUCCACAGAGAUUUGGUUCCCAGACAAACGAAAUUCUUGAUACAUUGGCAACAUUCCCACGAAAAUUAA